CUCACCCAUCACAAGAAAUAAAGGAGGAGCCAAAUUGGGACACACAUAUAUAUCCGCACUCCCCUCACUCAUGAGCCAAGUCUUCCAAAGCCUGUCCCGUCAUUCAGGCUCAUCCGCUUCACGAUUAGUAGUGUUCCGAGCAAGCCGAUUUGCUGCACGGCCUUGGUCAGAUCGCCGUGCUAGAGCGUUUAAUUUGAAGGAUUUCGAGAAGCCGUCUUUUGUGAGGGGCGUCAUGACUUCGACUAAUACGGACGGCAUGAAUAUCAAAUUUGGGCCUUUUGAGGUUACAAGGCAGGUUUUCCUGACAACUCCUCACUCCUAUGGUCUUGUCAAUCUCAAGCCGCUCCUCCCAGGCCACGUCCUCAUCUGCCCACACAAGCCCCAUCGCCGGCUCCUGGAUCUCUCUCCUGCUGAAACAACAGAUCUGUUCUCCACUGUCCAGCUGGUCCAGAAGCUUCUCGCCCGGCUGUAUUUCCCUGACCCCUCGGAUCUCCAGUCGGGGAGCUUCACUGUCGCACUGCAAGAUGGUGCGGAGGCGGGACAGACGAUUCCCCACGUUCAUGUCCAUGUGAUUCCUCGUGUGAAGGGUGACAUGGGCGAGGCUAUGGAUGAGAUCUACGUGCACCUAUCAAGUGAGGAGGCCAACGUGGGAGGAGCGCUGUGGGACCGCGAGAGGCCACGACCAGGCGGAAAGAUGCCGAGAAUUGAGGAUGCGGAGCGGAAUGCGCGGACAAUGGAGCAGAUGAUUGAGGAGGCGGAGAAGUUCAAGGCCGUGUUGGGAGAGAUGGGCAUCGGGAACUCUGCCAAGGGAAGUGAGCGGCUGUAAGAGCCCGUGUGUGUGACAGAAAAUGCCGUGCAUAGAGGCGCUCUAUACAUGCGCGGAGCAUUCAACUUAGAUGCUAGAUUAGCAUCCAUGGUCCAUAGAGGUACAGUUAAACAAGAAUAGCAUGUUGUCAUUGUCCAU